AUGAUUAUAAUUAAAACUAAAAUAUAAAUCAUAUAUUAAAAAAAAUUAGUUAUAUAUUUAUAAAAUGAAAAAUAUACCCGCACGGAUGUGCGGGUGAAACUCUAGUUAGUAGUUAAUUAGAAAAAUCGUAUAUGAAUAUUUCAAAUAUUUUCCCAAAGUUUUUAAUUAACAUUUAAAUAUAGUGGUAUUAUUAUAAAUAUUAAAACAUACUCAAAGAGACCUAAAACAAAAAGUCUUCUAUUUUAGUAAUCUUUUCACCCAAAAAACUAGGGAACACGUUUUCUGAGUCUCCUCAAAUUUGAUGAUUGUUGUCUGAAUUCGAUCUCUGUGGGAACCGAGUCAACGACCAUGAAUUGUUUCCGGAUGAAUACUAGGGAACACGAACUCAGUGAGACUCGAUCAUCAAUCAGUGAGUUUCCGGAUGAAGUGUUGUUAAAGAUCCUAACUUGUCUUCCAAGCAAAGACGCCGUGGCCACAAGUGUUUUGUCAAGCCAGUGGAGAUCUCUCUGGAAAGAGCUCAACACAUUCAGGUACGAUGGUAGAUCAACAAGUAGAGAUUACAGGAGAUUCCUACUGUUCAUCACCAACCUCUCAAACCUAGAGAGCUUGGAUCUCAAGAUCGACCCUUCUUACGUGAACGGACCCAUCAUAACUUUGGUUAACCUUGCAGUAACUCGAUCUAUGAGAAAGCUCAGCGUCCACAUGAUUUGCAGUGUCUUUGAGUUGCCUAAAAGCUUAUUUGUUUAUUCACAACUUGAAACGGUUAUAAUCGAGAAGGCGACUCUGGUGGAUGUUCCACUUGAUGCUCCUUUGGUUUGCCUCAAAUGUCUCCAACUAUUGUCUGUUAGAUUCUCAAACGAUGAAUCUGUGGAGAGGCUUUUAAGCAGAUGCCCUGUUCUUGAAGAUUUGGUGGUGAGAAGAAUCUCUUUUACUAAUGUGAAGGUGUUCACUAUUGAUGUGGGUACGUUGAGGAGUUUAUGUAUUGAUAACUCUAGUGGGAAGUCUAGGCCUGAAGGUGUUCAUGGGUUUGUGAUUAGAACACCUUCUUUGAGAUGCUUUACCAUUAAAGACAGGUUCAGCAAUUUUUUACAGUUUGAAGAUAUGCCUGAGCUGGUUAAGGCGAGUGUCAGCGUUGUUUCCGACCAACCUCUAGGAUGUCUUGCCUCGACUCAAUAUCUUUCUCUGUGUUCUCUCACUUCACAGACUCCUUCUGGCAUUUCCUUCCUCUCUCUUGAACACCUAGAGAUUUGUACAUGUUCUUUGGAGUGGUGGAAUCUACUUACCCUUAUACUCAAUGCUGCACCGAUGCUUCAAGUUCUCAAGCUCAAGUUGUUUCAGAAACACGGUGUCCAGGACGACACUAUAGACUCAUGGAACCAACCAAGUCAUGUUCCUGAAUCUUUAACAUCCCAUCUUGAGACCUUCGAGUGGAGACAAUACAAGGGCACAGAGAAAGAGAGAGAGGCUGCAAUGUACAUUCUAGCCAACGCUAGUGGUCUAAAAAAGGCGACAUUCUACUCAGAGAAGCAUGAGAUAUUGAAGGAGUUGGAAUGUGUGGCCAAAGAGGUUCAAAGUUCUUGCACGUUUGUGUUUGAGUAAAAACUCUUGUUAAUAAUAACUUGGAAUGAUUUGUCUGUAUUUCUUCUUCUUCUUCUAUGUUUCUCCGUUUAAUUUAUCAAACAAUUUAAAGAUUACUUUAUUGAUGAAUGAUCAAAUAAAUGGUAAAUUGUCUUCUGUGUAA